AUGAACACAUUAACACAAAUACACCACAGCGUCAGGAUCAUGGUGCGGUGGAGUCCGCGGCCAGAAACCUAGUAUCUCUGUUACUCAACACCAUGGCUUCAAAUGCUUCUCCAAGUUCAGCAGUGUUGGGACAGCAUGAGACCAGAAAUGUAACAGUACAGCAAGAAAUGUCACGAGCUUUUCCAGGAUAUUUCAAAUCAAACUUCAACCGUGGUAAAAAGAGGCUCUUACUUUCCACCAAGCAGCUUGCUAAAACAACUAGUAAGAUCGUCGCCCUGAAUUUUUAUCUGCUGCAAAAAAACACAUCCCAUACUCCAAUGCCAGCUGAGGAGCUUGAACUCCUUCAAGCUGGCAUGGGACGGCAAACGGUGUCCCUUCCAGAUGACGGUGACCAUGCAGAGAUCUCAAGACUACUGACAGAAACAUUUCCAAAAAUGGAAAAUCUUUGUGGAGGAUGGCUCUUACAUAAAGCAACCGGUGGCAGUGGUCGACGAAAACUGACAAUAAUUCCUCCAGAAGCAGAAGGAUAUUCUGUUAAAGCUCUGAAAGCUGUGUCAGCAGGUGGCAAAGCUACUUUUUACAUAGUGCCGCUGCAGGAGACAUUGGACAUAUCUCCUUUGCCUCCAGACUCACAACACUUCUCGAAGAUGCCAAAGAAGAUUUGUUACCAGUGCAAUGAAGUGAUGCCGCUGCAAAUGCUUGCUGUACACAUUAAGACAUGCAAAGGAAUGAGUUAUUCCGAUGAGACUGGUGAUGAAUGCUCUGAGUUACAAAGUGUGGAGAUCAGGGACAAGGUGGUUUGUCCAAUUUGCACAAAAGAAUUUCCAGAUAAUGAGAUCAUAGUUCAUGCUGAUCUUUGUGGAGAGAGUUUUGAAAAUGCUGGGUCUGCAGCAAAUGAAAACAAUCCAUCCCCAUUUGAUGAAACUCUAGCAUGCCCAACCAAAAGCAUAGAAGAUGUAUUAUGCGCCCUUGAACAACAAGUUGACACCACAACAGAAUUUAAACUUUGUGUGGACAGGGAAGGCCUUCCAGACAGAGGUAUUCUCCAGUGGCAGAGAAAAAAAAAUGCAUCUCCUGCUAGUGUCUUAAAAGUGGUGUUCAUUGGUGAGGCGGGCAUUGAUACAGGUGCACUUAAGAAGGAGUUUUUGACUGAUAUGAUUUCAGGUAUUGAACGCAGAUUCUUUGAGGGACCUGGGAACCAAGGUAAAAACCCCAGGUACUCUCUAUCAGACCUUGACAAUGAAAAUUUCAGAACUAUCGGUGAAAUCAUGUCUGUCAGUCUUGCUCAAGGUGGUCCGGCUCCAGCUUUUUUUAAAGAGUGGGGUUACAAUUUCCUCUGCACUGGGGAAGUGGAUUUUAGCUCUCUUUCAACAGACGAUGUGGCAGAUCACGAAUCUUCCACACUCAUGAGCAGGGUUGAAAAUGCAGCAGAUACACAGACUCUGCUUCUGUGGGCUGAUGAAAUUAUAAGCUGUGGAUAUACCAGCAAGAUCACACAUGAUAGAAAAGAAAGCAUCAUUCGGGCUAUUGUCCUCCACUCCACAACGAGACUGAUUCCAAUGCUGCAACAACUGAGAAAGGGUAUGGAACUGUAUGGUCUCCUGAACUUGAUGUCUACAAACCGGGAAGCUUGCCAUGGUCUCUUUGUUCCUGGGAAGAUCAUCAAACCAGAUGCUGAUUUCAUGAUGAUGAACUGCAAGCCACAAUUCAGUGAGAAGGGAACAUCAAAGGAGAGGACAGAGAGGAAGAUCAUAAACUUUUUGCAAGAUUACUUGCAGGAGCUUGACAUCAGAGAUGGUGAAGGAGAAUCAGCAGGUGAGGAGGUGGAUUCCCUUAAAGUCCAUCAUGUGCUCCAGUGGAUGACGGGGCAGUCCCACAUUCCCAUACUGCCAGAUGAAAAGAGACAUUUCAAAAUAACAUGUAACUUUGACCAUCAAUGCCAACAGCGACUUGGAGAUCACAUCAUCUGUUACCCAGUUGUGAGUGCAUGCACUCAUACUGUCACUUUUCCAGUACAACAUUUAAACACGUAUGAUGACUUUAGAAAACUCAUGAGUGAAGCAGUUAGAUAUGGUGGAGGAUUCCACAGAGUUUAGUUACAAACAAGGUUUUGAUGAAAAAUUAAUUAAGGCUUUUCCUAAACAGCUGCUGUUGGAAUAUGUUCAAAGCUGUUUUAAAAAGACAAAAGAAAAGAGUUAUUUGUUAGCACUUUAUUUUACAUUUUUUUCAGCACUUUGAAGUGUCCUUACUUUAUUCUCUUGAGUGUAUCAAGUGAAAAAAAUAUUAAUUUUGACCCCCAUCUUGGUUGGGAUUUUAGUUUAAACUGUAUUAAUAAUCAAACUGCCCAAAGGAAAAAAAAAACAGUUUUGAUGUAUUUUAGGUUUCAUAUUGAUUGCACCUGUUUCAGAAGUGUACAAGUUUGUUUUUAUUCCUUUGUAGUACCUGUAAAAAUACAAACUAUCGUGUUGAUGUUUCCAUUGGCAACGUCACAACAGUUGUUCCUGUUAGUAGAACAUCCUACUGAAACCUAACA